AUGGCCAGCGUCCACGAGAGUCUCUACUUCAACCCCAUGAUGACCAAUGGGGUGGUGCACGCCAACGUGUUUGGCAUCAAAGACUGGGUGACCCCUUAUAAGAUCGCGGUGCUGGUGCUGCUCAACGAGAUGGGCCGUACGGGCGAGGGCGCGGUCAGCCUCACGGAGCGGCGGAGGCUCAACCAGCUGCUCCUGCCGCUGCUGCAGGGCCCAGAUAUUACACUGUCAAAACUGUACAAGCUAAUAGAAGAGUCCUGUCCUCAGCUGGCAAAUUCAGUACAGAUCAGGAUCAAACUGAUGGCUGAAGGUGAACUGAAGGACAUGGAACAGUUCUUUGAUGACCUUUCCGAUUCUUUUUCUGGAACGGAGCCAGAGGUCCACAAGACGAGUGUCGUAGGUUUAUUUCUGCGUCACAUGAUCCUGGCCUACAGUAAGCUAUCUUUCAGUCAAGUGUUUAAACUCUACACUGCCCUUCAGCAGUACUUCCAGGAUGGAGAGAAGAAGACAGCCCAUGACACUGACAUGGAACUGACGAGUAGAGAGGAGGGCGACGGAAAGCUGGAGAAGGAGGACCUGGAUGUGUCUGUCAGAGAAGAAGAGGUAUCUUGUAGUGGACCUCUGUCCCAAAAGCAAGCAGAAGUUUUUCUUUCUCAACAGGCUUCCUUGUUGAAGAAUGAUGAGACCAGAGCCCUCUCACCAGCUUCUCUGCAGAAGGAGUUGAACAACUUGUUGAAAUUUAAUCCUGAUUUUGCUGAAGCGCAUUACCUCAGCUACCUAAACAACCUCCGCGUCCAAGAUGUUUUCAGUUCGACGCACAGCCUCCUGCAUUACUUUGAUCGCCUGAUUCUCACCGGAGCCGAGAGCAAAAGUAAUGGGGAGGAGGGCUACGGCCGGAGCCUGAGGUACGCCGCGCUCAACCUGGCCGCCCUGCACUGCCGCUUCGGUCACUAUCAGCAGGCGGAGCUUGCCCUGCAAGAGGCCAUCAGGAUCGCCCAGGAGUCCAAUGACCACGUGUGUCUGCAGCACUGCUUGAGCUGGCUCUAUGUGCUGGGCCAGAAGAGGUCUGACAGCUACGUCCUGCUGGAGCACUCUGUGAAGAAGGCGGUGCACUUUGGGUUACCGUACCUCGCCUCGUUGGGGAUACAGUCCCUGGUGCAGCAGAGAGCCUUUGCUGGGAAGACGGCCAACAAGCUCAUGGACGCCCUGAAGGACUCGGACCUCCUGCACUGGAAGCACAGCCUCUCCGAGCUCAUUGACAUCAGCAUCGCCCAGAAAACGGCCAUCUGGAGGCUCUAUGGCCGCAGCACCAUGGCCCUGCAGCAAGCCCAGAUGCUGUUGAGCAUGAACAGCCUGGAGGCCCUGCCGGCCGGCGUGCAGCAGAACAACACCGAGUCCUUCGCCGUCGCCCUGUGCCACCUCACAGAGCUGCACGCCGAGCAGGGCUGCUUCGCUGCUGCGUCGGAGGUGUUAAAGCAUUUGAAGGACCGAUUCCCACCCAACAGCCAGCAUGCCCAGUUGUGGAUGCUGUGUGAUCAGAAAAUCCAGUUCGACAGAGCGAUCAACGAUGGCAAAUACCACCUGGCUGAUUCGCUGGUGGCCGGAAUCACAGCUCUCAACAGCACGGAGGGCGUGUACAGGAAAGCGGUGGUGCUCCAAGCCCAGAACCAGAUGUCCAAAGCACACCGGCUUCUGCAGCAGCUGCUGGUACACUGCCAGAGGAUGAACAACACGGAGAUGGAGAUCAGCGUCCUGCUGUCGGUGGCCCAGCUGUACUGGCGCUCCUCCUCGCCCACCAUCGCCCUGCCUGUGCUCCUGCAGGCCCUGGCCCUCUCCAAGGAGUACCGGCUGCAGAACCUGGCCUCCGAGACGGUGCUCAACUUGGCUUUCGCCCAGCUCAUCCUUGGAAUCCCAGAGCAGGCCCUGAGUCUCCUCCACAUGGCCAUCGAGCCCAUUCUGGCUGACGGGGCAGUCCUGGACAAAGGCCGCGCCCUCUUCUUGGUGGCCAAGUGCCAGGUGGCCUCAGCAGCUUCUUAUGACCCGCCCAAGAAAGCAGAAGCUCUAGAGGCUGCCAUCGAGAACCUGCACGAAGCCAAGAGCUACUUCGCCAAGGUCGACUGCAAAGAGCAAAUCCGAGACGUGGUCUACUUCCAGGCCCGGCUCUACCACGCCCUGGGGAAGACCCCGGAGAGGAACCGCUGCGCCAUGCUCUUCCGCCAGCUGCACCAGGAGCUGCCCUCCCGCGGCGUGCCCCUCAUCAACCACCUGUAG